ACAGUUGCUGCCUGUAUGGCGCCUCUUCUGUUGCGUCCACUUCUGGCUGGUGAAUGUGAGAUGGAUGAAGUAUUUGAUAUGGAUGGUGACGAUUCUGCGCAGCUUCUUGCUACAGCAAACGCCGCAAACAGUGCUCAAGGAAUUGUCGCAACUCUCUUGGAGGAAUAUGAGGGCAUUUUUCAUGAUGAACACCUCAGAUGUUCCUUGUCACCUGAAUCUCAAAUUGAAGAUAGUGGUACUGAAGCAUCAACUGAUGAUGGUAAUUUGGAAGCCAAGGGCAAUGGAUUUCAUGAUGCAGAAAAUGAUGUAGAUCAAGAAUUGGAUGAUGACAAUGGUGUGGAGCGUAUACUUAGUGGGAAAUUGAGUGAGAGUAGUGGAUAUGCUGGCAGUGACCUCUAUGACUACAAGAAUGGCAAUAUCAUGAUUGAUGAAAAGACCAAUGUGUUGACCAUCAUUUUCUAUGACUAUAACGUGGAUACAACUGUGAAAUGGGAAUAUCUUGAACACGGGUACGACCUCCUGUGA